AUGCCUCUCCAAGACAUCCCAGACAUCCUCCUCCUCUGCAUGGAGAACAAGCACAGCGCAGCAUUUCAUCAUGCGCUGUCUAUCUUCUGGCCGUCCUACCAAUCCGGCCCCCGGAUCACUAUCACGGUUGAAAACGAGUCCCUGAGGUCGCUCCCCGAAUCCUCGUCCUACCAGUUGGUCGUGUCCCCAGCCAACUGCUACGGCCGGCUCGAAGGGGCCUUUGACGAUGCAAUCUCGCGCGUCUUCUGCCUUCCCGACUAUCCCUACGACACGCUAACGGAUGCCGCGCAACGCGUUCUCUACGAUCGAUACAGAGGUUUCGCGCCCUCCGGCACAUGCACCCUCGUCCCGUUUCCGUAUGAACUGCACGGCAAGAACCCCUGGGGCUGUCAAUGGGUCGCGAUCUGUCCGACCAUGCGCACGCCGCAGAACGUCACCUGGGACCGGGAGAUCGUGUACAAGUGUGUCUGGAGCUUGCUGUGCGAGUUGGAGCGGUGGAAUCGGGAUGUACGAGAGGGGAAGGUGAAAGGAAAGCGCAUUAAUCGGAUUCUCAUGUCCCCCAUGGCGACUGGGUGUGGAGGCGUUAUUCCCGAGAAAUGGGCCGCGCAGCUGGUGCUGGCGAUGAAGCAUUUCGUGGACGCGCUGGAGAGACCUGAGCGGUGGAAGCAGAUGACCUGGGACAGUAUUUUCGAUGACGCGAAGGAGAUCGAGCAGAUCAAGAAUUUGGGUGCGCAGUAG